AUUCAGCAAGAGUAAGUAUAUUGGUGGGUUAUGUUUCCCCUAUUGAAAAUGACGGUUUAUUUGAAGUGUGCAUUUCAGCAUGUAUAAACAUGAUAUAGAAUAGAAAUGAAUGAGUGAAUUAUAUGCAGAUCAGAGUUAAUGUUACGUAAGAACAAUGAACGAAACAAACGUCUAAUCACAUAUAUUUCAGAUACCCUACUCAUGUUCGAAUGUUCAUUCACAAUUGUCAAAAAACACAAUAACCGGUUGUAAACACGAGAGUUGUUCAACACGGGACAGUGAUCAUCAAUAAACCAACAUUUUCAUGAGAUGUGAAAAUGAUGAUUAUAUUUAAAGAGGAUGAAUGUAGUUGUAAAAUCUCAGCGAAUAAAUUUGGAAUAAAUUCAACGUUUCACCUGACAAUGUGGUUCAAGCCUUUUCAAGAAAACAUAACCAAACAUCAAAAUUACCGAAUAUAAAUAGAUAUAUGGUUCUCUGGUUAACUGUAUACUAAAUAAGUCAUCCAAUCAAUGUUAACAAUGUUAAAACUGAUAUAUUUUCUCAUAUAUACCAAGUGAUCAGACUCUGAAUACAACUCCUGAUUAGAAAAUUAUGGCCAAGGUCUUAAAUCAACACCAACAGUCAUUUUCUUCUCAAACAACGCAUUCCAAUAAUAACGGCUGUGUUGCAUCUUUUUAUACUGCCAAAUCCAGAUUUAACUUCCUCAGGGCACCUAAACGUACCAUCUCGCAAUACAGGCGAUAUCCUAGCCGUAUACGUCGAGCUCAGAAAUAUGAAUCGAAUCCUGUGUCCAGCGGAAACGAUUCUCAAAAGUCCAAUAUUAUCGAUAUUCUAUGCGAUGCGGCUGAUUCCAAGCAAACUGCCCAUAAGAUUUUCAUGAACCAAUAUCCUUUGCAUAUUACUUCUGAUUAUAAACGUUCGCGUCCGGAGCUAAACGGUCAGUCAAACGAAAAUUUAGAAGAUAUGUCAAUAUCUACUCCAGCGGCAUGUUAUUUAUGUCCUUUACAACAGAAAAAUGGUCUUCGCUCUGAUUUGUCCAAAAUAUGUCACUCACAUAUAGUCUGCAAACUCUCUUUACUCGAUAACGAUCGCCUGCAAAAUCUACUCUCGAAGGAAUUUAUUUAUCAACCAAACAAUGCUUUCCUAUAUUAUGUUAAUCCAGAAGUCGAUGAUAAAGUCGACGCCGCACUUCGAAAUGAAGCGGUACACAAUCUGCGCUUUUUGCACAAUUCAUUUUUCAAUCUCUCUACAGAGACAUUUUGUAAAGCUGUCAAUCUCAUUGAUCGUUUUAUUGUUAAAGUCAAGGUCAAACCCAAGUACAUGGCAUGCGUAGCUGCUGCUUCUUACUGUGCUGUAUGUAAAUUGAGUAGCUCAAACAACAAGAAUGUUAUUUUGCCUGAUCCAGAAACAAUAGUACAUAUCACUCGUUGUGGUGGUAACGCUGCUGAUUUGUUGCGUAUGGAGGAAAUCCUCGAUUCCAAAUUAUCUCAUGAUCUUGAUGGAGUAAAUGCAUUCGAUUUCUUGCAACUUUUCAUCGACUGUGUGACCGAAUCUAAAGAUAUCAUGGAGGACGAAUUGAUUAAUGUUGGUCUGAAUAUAGACAGUUAUUUACUUGAAUCAGAUGUAGAAAAAAUGACAGAGACAAAUAAUAUAAUCUCAAGUGUAAAGAAAUCAGAUGAGGUGAGAAAGAAUCUUGUAACAGCUCGUCAGAAGGAUUUCAAUUGGAAAACUCUUGUUUAUAAACGUUUGGGAACACUCAUGGAGAUUGCAUUGUGUUCGUUGGAAGUUUAUCGUUUCCGUCCUGUUUGUUUAGCACUUGGAAUUUUAGCUCAAGUCGGUAUUGAAGGUCUUCUACCGUUGGCAGAUCUAUGUGGGGUCGAUUGGUUUGAUGUUUGUGAAUGUGCAAAUCUUGUGGGUCAACUGUAUGAAUUAUAUUAUCGAGAUCCUCCGCCGUCUAGUCGCAGAAGAGCUGGAUUAUUUGUAACUAGACGUCAGUUUCGUGUUGGUUAUUCGAGUCCUACACCAUUGGAUACAAUCUCUGAAGACUAUGAACCCGUUGAAGAAGAUGAAUGGCUACUUCCACUCCUUUUUGAACCAUGAAGAAGUUCAUUUGGUUCCCUGACAUGUCUCAAUCCAUAUUCAACAGCCGUUAUGUGUAUAACAAUACACUACUACUUUCACUACAUUAUACAUAUUUAAUGUCUUAAUUUUUGAGUGCAUCUUUAUUAUUCUUACUACUGCAUUCAUACAUUCAUUCACUUAACUAUAAACAUUCAAUAUACUUCAGAAAUCAAUAUUUUCAUUUAACAGCAUACUAAGAAAAAUCAUUCUUUUUGACAAAAAGUCCUCUUUAUCGUGAAAUGAUAUAUAUAUAUAUAUAAUGUUAAACCCGGUGUUAAGAAUUUAUUUGAAGUUUCUGCAUAAUGAUAAGUGAGCAAUACUUUGAUAACAGAAGUGUCCCAUCUCUACUUACACAAACGCUAUUCAUCAUUAUUGUUAUAAUUAUUAUUGUUAACAUCAGCAUUAUAAUCAUCCUGAAAAUAAUUUUUUGUCUUCAACUCAGGGACUAUUUUCUCUUUUAAUAUUUAAUAUACAUAUACAAAUACAUUAUAGCUGAACUUUAUUCUGGUGUCCUCGACUAUUCUUUCAAUUAGAUAUGAUUGUGUUGUCUUUCGUUUGUACACUUAUCUCAACAAUUUUUCUUAAUAUUACCAUUGCUCUACAAUGGUAAUGUUUGUGCAGCUAGCUAAUCAAUUUUAUUUGUAAGAUUGUUUGUUCCUUUCACACGCGCAAAAGUGUACAAUACUAAUAUUAUCGUUGGGAUUCAACAGAGAAAACAACAUAAGAUUGUCUUUUCAUUCUUAUUCCUGACAUUCUGGUUAAUUCUUGUAUACUACAUUAUUAAUAAGCAUAUUCAUCAUAUAAAAAAUGUGCGACUUCCAAAAAAGAAUUGUGAUUAAUGUUUUUCUCAUCGUACAGUUCAAUCCAUAUUUCAAUACUUCCAUAAUGAGCCUUUUUUGUAUAUUCUCUUCGUCGAAUGAUGUUUUUUGUCCCAGUCGAUAUAUAUAUAUAUUAUUGCUCUAGUGUCCGAAUGCAUCCUUGAAAACAAAAUGCAUUUCAGUUUUUCCGUUAUAUACUCGUUCACUCUUCAAGGUCUUUCCAUGUUCAUGUUCUUUUGCGUAUUAUAUCAGUCAGUAUUCCACGCAAAUUUUUGAAGUGGACACAGUUUUUACUCAUUAAAUAUCUGUAUAUCACAUAUGAAGAUUGAAAGUUUACUGUACAAAGUGAGAACACUAUAACAAUAUUCAAUUAGUUAGUUGUGUUUUUUUUUUUAAAUAUUCACAUAAAUUAAAUUAUUUUGUGUAUUUGUUACUUUCAUUACUUGUUUUUUUCUCUUGUUGUUUACUUGAAUUAAUUUAAAAAUAAGGAACACGUUAAAGUGGUCCUUCCGCAUUCUUUCACUAAAUGCUCAUCCUCAUAUGUUGUUGCAUUGUUUCCUCUCCUAUCGUACACAAUUUGCUUUCUGUGUAUGUUAGGAGGGUUUUCUCUUGAUUUUCUCUUCUUUCCCAGUUGUUUUCCUUACUAAUUAUUUGUUUGUUUUGUCAAAUCCAUUUUGCUUUAGUGUUUCGUUCGUCAGUAAUGUUGUGACCUUUAAAAAAAACAGUUAAUUUGCUUUAUCAAUUUCAAUGUUUCUAAAAGGCCAAUUAGAAAUUUCUAAAUUCGUCUUUUGUAAGCGUAUUAGCGAGCUGAAAUAAAGAUUGUCGAAGU